UAUCUCAGAGAGUGGAAGGCCCCUGCUAAUCCCUAUUAGGACCCUAGUGAUUCUUCGCCCCGAAUCUGUGAAUGUGAAGUGGCGGCAAGGCAAGUCUUCGCUCCUUCUGUUCAGUUCGAACCCAUUCACGUAUCUCUCUCCUCAUCCGCCAUUAGAAGAUAUGGAGGUGGCUCCGAAGGUCAUCUUCCUCAGCAGGGACAAGAGAGGCCACGGGAACGCUUUAGCAAACUCCCUCCAGCCAAGCCCUCAGUCCCAACUCCAGAGAACUGAAUCAUCAUUUGAACUAUCGCUGGAGAGCUAUGGCAUUAGCGGCACCAAUGCAUCGGGUGAUCUAAUCAGCUUCAUUGAUGCUCAUGGGUCGCCUGUGGUGUCGAUGUUACUUCUGCAGAACUAUGAGCCUCCAGUUGCUGCAUGUGCUGUCAGUGAGGUUUUGAGAUGUAUCAUGAAAGGAACGUCAGGCUAUAUGCCUUCUAUCAUAGUGCCCAUUGUUGUAGCAGAUUCAAGGAUUGGCAGUGUAGAUAAAAUUCCCUCAGCAGCAAAUAGAAAGGUUACUCUCUACGCUGCUGAAUUUGGGCCAUCAACAGAUGUCACUCAGAUUAUGGUUAGAGGGAUGCAAUAUCCACCACUAUCAUUCAGAUUGCAAAAUGAACCUCUGGCUUGCUUGUUGCAAAUUGUCCCGGUCUUGAAAUUUCCAGUUGUUCUUCUAGUUGCAGCAACCAGUAUGAUCUCAAAAUCAGUUGAUCACGAAGUUGAGGCACUUUAUGAGCUGGGCGAGUUUUUGGCAUCUCCUGGAGGACUAUGCUUAUGCAAAGACAAGAUUAGUGGAAGUUUGACACGAGAGAAGGCUAAGGUUGGUGUGGAAGCUUGGCGUGCAAUAUAUGGUUAAGACACUUGGCGCACGUUAAAAUUCCAGCACAAGGAUGAGUGAACUGGAUAAAUAAUGUAAUGAAUAGAAGGAUAACGGCAUUACUCUGUUCACCAGUAAUAUUUUUGACGAGUUUUUUCCUUUGAGAAGAGGGGAAACAAAAAACAGUUUUAUUUUUUAUCACAGCUAUGUGCUGAUUGUGUUGUGGGCA